AUGGAUAGGGGGCUCGUCCAGGGAUCAUCACCACUAGUGGGGGAGAUGGGGGAAGGCCAUGGAUGGCGGAGCAUGAAUAAUUUGAGGCCCCCCUUUGAGCAGAACAAUCCAUCGAUUUCCUUGCCCUCUACCAGCACUUCAACCUUCUCCUCCCCGAUCAAUUCGUUCUCAUCUCUGCUCCUCUCGAAUCAUUAUCCACUGCCUACAACGAGCACUGCGCCUUGGCACGACAGCAGCAACAGCAACCAUGCUCAGCAGCUCCAAGAUCCAUGGAACCAUCUCUUCAUGCCAACCAGUGGUGAAUUAGCUAAUGAAGAGGAGAGGCACAAGACUUUGGAAGGCCAGGCGUUGUUUCCAGCUACAACCACCGGAGAAGGGGAAGAAGGCGAUGGGAGCAGCGCCGCCGGCCACAUCUACAGCAACACCGCUAGGCAUGGGAGCAGCCAAGCUGGUGAUGAGUUCCAAUUGGCAAUGUCCUCUCCAUCUCCAUGGUCCAGGGGUGUUCAGCACUACCACAACACCCUGCAGCAGCAAGCUUCCUCCAUCACCUCCCCCACCUCCCUCGGAAAUAACAUCUUGGACUUCUCAAACAACGGUUCGCCACGUGAGUGCACGAGCACAGCAUCUGGAGCAGCUUUCAAGAAGGCUAGGACCCAAGAACCCUCCCCGGCUCAAUCUACUGUUAAGGUGAGAAAGGAGAAGCUAGGGGAUAGAAUAACUGCCCUUCACCAGCUCGUCUCCCCAUUUGGGAAGACUGACACUGCGUCUGUACUCCUUGAAGCCAUUGGAUACAUCAGAUUCCUACACGGUCAAAUUGAGGGCCUGAGCUCGCCGUACCAGCUGGGCGGCGGCGGCGGCGACGGCGGUGUGGGCUCCGGCAGCUCCAGCUCCAAGCAGCGGCACCAGGCCAGCGUGCAACAAAAAGAAAGGAGCAGCAUAUUUCCAGAAGAGCCUGGCCAGCUGCUACAUGGCGAUGCCACGAGGAAGAGAGGACGUCCCGACCAGGACGAAGACAGCUGCGAGGAAGCAAUGACGAAGGACCUGCGGAGCAGGGGGCUCUGCCUCGUCCCAGUGAGCUGCGCGCCGGACUUCGGCGCCGACGUGGGGCCGGCUGACUACUGGACGGUGGCGCCGCCUUUCGGGAUGGGGUUCGGCCGGUAG